UACAGGGAGAACUAGAGAAGCUUAACCAGUCCACAGAUGACAUCAACCGGAGGGAAAUUGAGCUUGAGGAGGCCCGGCAGAAAUUCCGCUCUGUGCUGACAGAAGCUACCCUGAGGUUGGAUGAGAUGGUAAAGAAAAUUGGAAAAUCUGUGGAAGAUUCCAAACCAUACUGGGAAGCCAGGAAAGUAGCCAGACAGGCUCAGCUGGAAGCACAGAAAGCCACACAAGAUUUCCAGCGUGCCACAGAAGUGCUUCGAGCAGCCAAGGAAACCAUUUCGCUAGCAGAACAGCGACUGCUGGAAGAGGAAAAGCGCCAGUUUGAUUCUGCAUGGCAGGAAAUGCUUAACCAUGCCACACAACGGGUCAUGGAAGAAGAGCAGAAGAAGACGCGCAGCGAGCUGGUACACAAAGAAACAGCGGCUAAAUAUAAUGCUGCCAUGGGCAGAAUGAAGCAGCUAGAGAAAAAAUUAAAACGGAGCAUCAGUAAAUCAAAGCCCUAUUUUGAAAUGAAGGCAAAGUAUUACCUGCAGCUUGAGCAAUUGAAGAAGAAAAACUGUGGAUGAACUUCAAGCUAAACUGUCUCUGGCCAAAGGAGAAUACAAGGCUGCACUGAAGAACCUUGAAAUGAUAUCUGAUGAAAUACAUGAGAGGAGGCGUUCCUCUGCAAUGGGUCCAAGGGGACGUGGCGUGGGAGCAGAAGGCAGCAAUUCAGUAGAAGAUCUCUCUGCUUGUAAACUAGAAUCAGACACAAUUUCAAUGACCUCAGAAGUUUUUGAGGAUGAUAAUCUAAGCAGUGUGGUCUCUGAAGAGGACUCUGAGACACAGUCUCUAUCAAGCUACAGCUCUGGCCCAACAAGCCCUUCUGAGGUUCUGAGCCCUUUUCCAGGUGCACCACGUCCUGGCAGCUUAGAUCUUUCAAGCCCCAUGUCCCUAUCUGAAUUUGGGUUGAUAUCACCUGUCCUUGGUCCUCGCAGUGAAUGCAGUGGAGCGUCGUCACCAGAGUGUGAUAUGGAGAGAGGGAAUAGAGCAGAAGGAUCAGAAAGCAAAGCCCAGGACAGACUAAAUAACAACAGCAAUAUCCUCAGUAAACCUAGAGCUUUGUCGGCGCUGGACAACAGUAUGAAGCAGCUGACUUUGGAUUGUGCAGACAAUCAAGCCAACUCAGACAUAAAGUGUACGCGCUCUCAGUCCCUGGUCUCGACAGUGCUGGUCAAUGCAGUGUGA